GAAAGAUGAAGAUUAAAAAUCUCAAGUUUCAAUGCUCAAAAAAUACUGGCCUUCAGGUAUUACUCAACAAUAGACAUUUUGAUUGCCCUGUUGAAGGUGGAUUUUUGAAUGUUAUUCUGAGGGUAGAAGAAUUUGAUGUUUCCACAACUAUAAAUUGCCCUCCAUGUCAGUCAUUAUGUAAGAACGAUUGUCCAAAGAAGCGAAUCACCUCUCGAUAAUAUGGUUGAAUACAGACUCAUCAAUUCAACAAUGAUGUGUAUCAUUUAAAUGUUGGUCAAAUGC